CUUCCGAAUAAACGAACAUCAUCGCCCUUUGCUGAGUAUCUCUCAGGCUAUUCUUCUUCAACAACUUUCGGAGAAAACAACAAUGGAUUUUUGCUGUUUCAUUUGAAUUUCCAUUAGAUUUCCCUCUAUUGUCUUUUCCUAAUUGUUGUUGAGAGAUGGAUUUUCAAUACAUGAAGAGAAAAGAACUGCAGGCGUUGUGUAAAAAGCACGGCGUCCCUGCAAAUUUAACCAACCGUGAAAUGGCGAAUCAGUUGGCUUCCAUUUUUAAGGAAAAUGAAGAGCUCGUUUCAUUAGAAAAGUUGACCACAAAUCCGGAAGAAAUAGGUAGUGAAACUGGAGCUGAGGUUGCUAAAAAGCAGGCAAGGAAAGUCAGGUUUAGCCCUGAAAAUCAAACCAUUGUGUAUGAGGUUUCUGUCUAUAGGCGGCCUGGAAGAAGGUCUAGGAAGCAAAUGUUGUCCAAAAAUCCUGCCCAGGUUAUUGAAAAUGCUCCAAAAAGUGAAGAUAUUAGGAAGGCUGAGGACUGCCAAGUUAGAGUCACAAGGUCUGGAGUGCAAAGUACAGUUGAAGAUGAUGUAAAUAUGGUUUCUACGCCUUCUGUUGGGAGGAAGAGAGGGAGAGGAGGCAUGAAGAAUAAAGAUUCUGAGAUGAUUAAUAUUGGUAAAUCUGAGGUGUUAGAAAUGGGUUACAGAGAUGAUGUCAAGAUUUGUAAUGAUGAAGUGACUGGUGGGGUAAGUAGGAGGCAGUUAAGAAGGAGGAAGAAUGUGACACACGAAGAUUCAAAGAAGAUAAGGAAGGGUAAAGGAGGUGAUGAGGUUCAUAUGUUGGAUGAAAGUUCUGAAGAGAGUUAUGUUGUUUGUGAGGAUGUGGGAUCCAAAAAUGGCUCCAAGCAACCAACAAGGAAUGCUAGAAAGGAAGAUCAGUCUGUGGCAUUGAGCAAUGAAGUGGAAAAGGCUGAAGUUGUUUCUAGGGUAACGCGGCAGUCAAGGGCACAAUCAAAAAAUGUAGCUUCCAUGGUAAAAAGUGAAGUUAAAAUAGUUGAGGUACAGAGAAGAUGUGAAGAGGUUCUUCAACUCAAAAAACCUCAGAAAGGUAGAGGGAAAAGUGCUUUGAGACAGAAAAUUGUGCCUCAAAGGGUGAGAGCUGAAAACAGUUUACUUGUGCUAGAAGGUGCUGAAGCAGAGAAGCCUUUGAGGCGAUCCAAUCGUAAUGCGGAGAAAGAUUGUGCCAAAACUGCUAAAAGUGAAACUCAGGUAACUAAGGUUCCUGGAGGAGAUAUUGCCUUUGAAAAACCUUCAGAAUGUUUAAGCAGUUAUUCUUCCAGCGGAAAAACUGUUGUGUGUCAGAGUUCUAAGGGGGAAAAUGAGGAAGAACUCGUGAAAAGGGAGACCAGAAAACGAACUAGGACUACUGACCUGGAUGCAAUUGUGGAACAUAGUGGUGAGAUUGAGAGGGCCGAGUAUGCGUUUACUUCUCAAGACCAAGCCCCUUUGAGGCGGAGCAGACGCAAGACUGUAAUUCUAAACACUCCUGCUCCUACUAAUGCCGAGUUGGCGAAUAAAGAAGAUAUUGGCCAAAUGUUGCAGUUUAGAGCACCAUUUGUAGGGAAAGAGGUGACUGAAGAAUUACCUAGAAGGUCGAGUCGAAAUGUUUCUAGAUAUAAUUCACCAGGAACCUCUAAAGAAGAUCAAAUUGCUUUUACCAAAAAAGACUCUGGAGUGAAGCAGCAAAGGCAAGAGCCUAUUCUGGAAGAAGAAACUUCUGUUGCAGAGCAUCAUCCUAUCGAAGAGAAAGCCCAAAGAAGAUCUAAUCGUAUUGCUUCUAGAAGUUCCUCUGUUGCACCUCCCUGUCCAACUGCCAGUGUUGUCAAGAAGAAGCAACAAAGCAAAUCUAGAAUCACAAUUAUAGAGGCAGCUGCACUUUCUGAGAGUCUUCUGGCUCCUGGAGAAUUACCAGCUGGUAAGGAUGAGUUAGUUGUAGAAGAAAGUGCAGGGAACAAAAAUGAUCUUAGUUUGAAUGUCAGCAAACAGACAGCCAAGAACUCUGAGAGAUGCUCUAACAAAAAGAGACAGGGAUUGACGAGAAAUUCUGGAGCAAAGAAGCAGUGUGGAUUUGCAGAGGCCUCUCCUCUAUCUCUUGACCUGGAAGAACUCAAGGACUCUACUGGAAAUAUGGAGAAAACUCUGAUUAGAACAUCUGCGAAGUUCGUAGGCCUUUCUACAGACCAAGAAAUGCAUCAGGCUGCUGACAAAUCUAUGGUGGGUUAUGAGAAGGAAACCAAUUUAGUGGAAGAUGACAGAGAGAAAUUGGUCCAUGGUGGCAAUGUUGAGAGUGAAGAGAAUUGUAUGUCAUGUAAGUCUGUCAAUACAAAAUGCAUACUGGAUGAUGCUAAAUGCUCAGACCCCAAACUCCUAGAAUUUGAAGGUAAACACGCGGUGGAUUUUUCUGGGAUGACCUUUCCAGCAGAAAGCCAAGAUAAUGUAAUAGAUAGAGCUGAAAUCACUGUCAAUACUGCAGGACAUGGAAUGUCUGAUCAAGAAAAGAAGGAAGAUAUAAAAGCAAUGGACACACAUUCUGCGUAUGAAUCUUUGGUUGUUUACAAGGAGGAUAGAAGCCCCGUGGAAAGUGAGAAAGAGCAGUUGGUCCAGGUUGAUACUGCUGACAGUGAGAUAAAUUGUCAUGAGUUAAGUUGGUAUCUAACUGGAAGAGGUGCUGUUGAUGACCCAAAUAACGUUAUCAACCUGGAUUCAUCUGAGAUAACUUCUCUAGCUAAUGGUUUUUCAUUAGCGGAUCAAAUGGAUCUUACUGGUGCAACCUUCACCGCCGUGAACCUAGAGACACAAUUGGAGACAGAGCCACCAAGGGGUGAAAACACUAACUUUGCGAGUGAUAAUGCUGAAGAUAGUAGAACUUCUUUUGGAGAGGAUCAGAUCUUAGUGGAAUUAAAAGUUGCCAAUGUCACUGCUGCUGAAUCUGUCAGGGAGGCAACUUUUAAGGAUCACCUGAAUGAAUUUGGUGAAAGUAGUGGUUUGAAGAGAGGGUCAGAAAAUGCCCUCAAGAAAGCUGAAGAAAUGAUUGCUACUGAUUUUUCUGAUAAAGAAGGAAUUCCACACAUAGAAAGUUCUGAUAAGGCUACUGAAAUUCAAGAAAGUAGUGCUGAAUUCCAUUUUGCUAUUACUGAAAUUGGUGCUCAAAAGACCACAGAAAUCCAGCAGAGCUCACAUAGCCACACUGCUGCCCCAGAAACUCCAUGUGGACCUGCACCAGAAACCCAAGUCAAAGAAAAAACUUGCUGGGUUGAAGCUGCUGUUGAGACUUCAGGAAGUGAGAUGUCCAAUCAAGAAAUGAUUGAAAAUAUGAUUCUAGAAAAUUCACAUUGUGUUUGUGAAUCUGUAUUAAUCCAUAAGGAGAAUACCAGAUUGGUGAAAAAUGAUGAAGAGAUAAGGAUCGAUGAUGAUACUUUUGAGGGUGGAAUGAAAUAUCAGUCUUGUCUUGCCUUGAAUGGAACAGGUGCUAUGGAUGAUUCUAACUUGGUUGAACCUAGAAUGGUUGUUUGUCCUGAGAUAAAUUCUCCAGCUGACGGUUCCUCUUCAGCUAGCCAAGCAGACCUUGCAGGAAAAACUUCAAGUCAUAUAGAACAGGAGAAAAUAUUGGAGACAGAAGAACCAUUAACAGUGGAAAACGUGAACUCUAUAAAUGAUAAUAUGGAUGCUAAAAGAAGUAGAACUCCUGUCGAGGAGGAUCACAUAAAAGUGCAAUUGGAAGAUGCCAAUGUGAUUGCUGCUGAAUCAAUUGGGGAAGUAAUUUUCAAUGAUCUCCUGAAUGAACUUGGUGAAAGUAUUGGUUUGAAGAGAGGGUCAGAAACUCCCUUGAAGAAAACUGAAAAACUGAGUGCUACUGAGUUUUCUGAUGCGGGAGCAAUUUCUCUCCCCGAAACUUCCACCAAGGCUUCUGAAAAGCAAGAUUAUAGAGCUGAAAUUGAUAUUGUUACCAAAAUAACUGGCACACCAAAUAUUACAGAAAUCAAGUGGAGUUCAAGUAGUGACACUACUGCCUUCAGAACUCCAUUUGGACUUGCACCACAAAGCCAAGAUAAACUAUGCAACGCUGGAAUUAUUGUCGGAAUUGCCAGAAGUGAGAUGUGCAAUCAAGAUGAGGAAACCAGUUUGGUGGAGGAUGACAAGGAAAUAGUGAUCCAGGAUGAUACCGUUGAGGGUAAAGUAAAAUAUCAUCAUUUUCUUUCUUUAAAUAAAACAGGUGCUCUUGAUGAAGUUUUGGUUGAACCUAGAAUGGUUGAAUUUGAAAGCAAUGUUAACAACAUGAACUGUUUUGAGAUGGCCUCUCUGGCUGAUGUUUGCUCUGCAGCCAGUCAAUCAAAUCUUGCAGGUGAAACUUCAAAUAAGUUAAAACAGGAGAAAGUAUUGGAGUCAGAAAAAUCAUCAAUGAGUGAAAAUGUGAAUGACGAAAGUGAUAAGGAGGAGGUUGAAGAUGACAACAAUCCUGCUCAAGAGGAUCAGAAUUCAAAGCACCUAGAAGAUGCCACCAUGACUGCUGCUGAACCAGUUAAGGAGGUAGUUGUCUGUGAUCACUGGAAUGAACUCUGUGCAAGUUGUGGUUCGAAGAAGUUUGAAGUUUCCUUGAAGAAAGCAGAAGGAACAAGUACCAAUCAUUCUUCUGGAAAAGGAAUGGUUCACACUGAAAGUUCAGUUGAGAUUAAUGAAAACAGUGAUGCCACUGCCAAAAUCCAUACAAUUACUGCUGAAACUGGUGAAAAAAUAAUUAUGGGAAUGCAAUGGAGCUUGAGUGGUCACGAUACAACUUUUAGAAGUCCACAUAGACCUGAAGUAGGCAGCCAGGAUAUGCUAGGUACAAUAAAUAGAGUUGAAAAUGCUGUGAGAAAUACAGGAUAUGGAAUCUGUAGUCGCCAAAAGAUUGAAGAAAUUGUGAAAAUAGUGCAAAAUGAACAUAAGGAGACAAUAAAUACUGAAAGAGGAUUGUUUGUUGGAGAAAAAAAGUUACUUGAUGAGGAUUCUGAAGGAGAAUUUUUGGCGGAUGGUGCUUGUCAUCUACUUUCAGACAGCAUAGAUGGUGAAUGUGCAAAAGAUAAACGAAAUGACAUCGCAGAGGGAAGCUUUAACAAUGUUUCAGUUGAGACGCAGGAGAAGCAUACCUGUGAAGUUUUUGAUGGUGAGGGAACUGAUGCUGUUUCAUCAGAAGAAAAGGAUAAUGACAUAUUUGAAAGUGCUUCUCAUGCUGAUGUUUCUCCACAAUGUAUUUGUAACGGGAAAUUGCCAGUCAGGAAUAACAUGCAAGAAAAAUUGGAGCCAGUUUGCAUGGAUAAUGAGAAUAGUAGGACCAAAAUUCCAACACAUUUUUCGUCUCAAAAUGCAUUGAAGCAGUUGGAUAAUGAAAGUGAGGCUGUGAAGCAAGGUGCUGGAAUUGGGGAAGUCCAUGCUUUUAGUAAUGCCAGUCAAGCUUUGCGAUUAGAGGAAUUGACUGCAUCCAUUAGUUCAGAACCUUUUUCUAUGAGGCUUCAUGAUCAUGUGCUUGAUGAUGGAGGAAGGAAUUGUCAGGGUGAAAUUGUUAUGGAUCAGCCUAACGACUUUGCUGCAACCAUGGAUGGCAAUGGAAUUAGUGCUAGUAGAGAAACAAAUGUUGGACAGGAUGAUAAUAUGAUGGAGGAAAUAGCAAUAUCUGCCCUGAAAGUUAAGCUUGGCGACCAUGGUGGUUGCAAGGUGGAUGCAAAGUUGUAUGAGACCAAUAUGAGUGCAUUAGAGACAAUGUUUCAAGAAACUGAUGUUUCUGGGCUGGUGCAUACUAAAUUUCCAGAAGAGAUGCCAAAUGCAUCUGUCAGAAGUACUUUACCAUUUGAAAAGCCAAACUGUGGUGAUCUUGAUGAUCAGAGUGAAGAGGUUGCACCCGAACGUGAUUGUAGCUCUUCCAUUGGAUUAGAUGGUUUGAGAUCAACUGUUGGUGUUAUUUUGGACAACAAUUCACAGGUUGGCACACUGGAAAGCACUUUCAAUAGUAAUGAUCCUCAAUCUGGAACAGAAGCUGAAGACCCUAAUGUAAAUGAUAGUGGUCCAUAUGGUAUGUUGGAUUACAUCUCUGCAAACACUCAUCAUGUAGCAAAUGAAUUUAAUGCUGCUUUAAUGGUUGAAGAAGCAGGGUCUGAGGAUGGUGGAAAAACACCUAUUUCUCAUCAGAGAUCUUUAGGCAGUGGUAAACAAGGUGUCCCAUCAUAUGCUAAUUCACCUUGUAGCAAGCCUGAAACUAAUAUAGGUAGUUCUACUCUUUUAUGCUCGAGCAUCCCAGUGUCAUGUGCAGAAAAAGAAAAACUUCAUCCACAAGUUAUGGAUGAUGUCGAUGAAGUGGGGGGAACUAAAAUCUCUAUUGACCGCAAAGUUGCAAGGCGGGAAAGAGAUGGGCGCCAAAUAAAUACUGGAGGUUUUAGUGAUGUAAUUGAUGGUUCCCUAGUAGAAAAGAUCAAGGGAGAUCCUGAUGAAAUUGCUGAAACAAAGUCUGAUGAUUGUGAAGGUUCAGUUAAAACAGCCACAUUCAUGGAUGGCAACGACAGUUUGGUUGUGAAUCAGCCUCCAUGUUUGGAUGCAAGCAAGAGUUGUGAUCUGCAGACUGAGGAACCACGUGGCUUCCAUUUGCAUGAUAAUAUAGCUGGUGAGUCCAGGGAAGUAGGAAGCUGCAGUAAAGUGGACAUUGUUUCUUUAGUGAAACCUGAGAUGGUUGUCGAUUGCCUUUCCAUUUCCUCAAUUUGUGCUACUUCUGAUGAAGAACAUAAACACUUGGAGAAUCCUGAUGAAUCACAUAUCUUAACCAACAUGGAGAUGAGUUUGUCUUUGGCUGAUGAAGAUGAAGUUAAAGAACCAGAUGCAAAGGCUGGUGACAGUAAUUGUGCUGCUCUAGACAAGACCAUCACAGAAUGCAUUUCAAGUGACCUUAAAAAGCAGGAUUAUGUUGCCUGCUCAGAUGCUGAGGAUAUACAAUUCUCAGUGCAAAAGGAUGGUCCAGAAACAAUGGAGAUGAGAAAAGAUGUCUCAGGGCUGGAUGCAGCAAUGGCAGAUAAAUCUCCCGUACUAAAGAAUUCAGAAGUUGCUACAGCUGUUGAGCGUGAAGAAGCCUUCAUGUCACAACUAAAAUUGCCAUCAUCUCAAAAGAAAAAUGUGACUACAAAAAAGGAGGGGAGCAAGAGCGUGAGUGUUAAGCAAUUGACUUCGUCCAUACUGAAAAGUAAGAGCAAGUCUCGUUUGACCCAAAGAACACCAAAGCGACUGAUAAUACAUGACAUGAAGGAGAAUGAGGUUAGCACUAAGAAGGGGCAAAUAGGCAACAUGACAACGCCAAAAGCAUCAUCCAAGAGGCGUCCUCUUGAGCUCUGGAAGUAUUAGACCCAACUGUUUUUUGCGCUUCUUUUGUAGAAUGGUGAACAUUUCCAUGAGAAUGGGCACGGGUAGGGUAAGGUAACCCAUUUUUCUACUACAUAUGAGCAUACCUCAUGCAUUGUUUGUUUGUAAAAUUGUGAAAAGAUUUCAUGUUUGUAUUGCGCACAUUGGAUUUUGUUGUCUGUUUUGAUUAUUUGGAAGCUCAGAUGUAUAACUUGCAAUGACACAUUAAUUUACAGACUCUGCUUGAUUA